GCAAAUUAUAAAGAAGAAUCUCACCCACCCCAUUUACUUUCAUUGGUUUCUCUCUAUAAGAAGCUCCCUCUGUCUGUCACCACCACCCACAAACACACAAGACCAUUCAAAAAGAAAAUCAAGAUGCAAAAGCUGCAUUGCAAUUUCUUCUUUCUUGCUUGCUUUGUUUUCUCUGCUACUCUGGCUCAUUCAUGGAGCCAAAACAGGGAAUUCAACCAGGCCAAGAACUAUGAGGGGUCUUCUGAUCUGGUGGAUCUUCAGUACCACAUGGGUCCUGUCCUUACUUCUCCCAUCAACCUUUACAUAAUUUGGUAUGGCAAAUGGAACCCAGCACACCAAUCCACAAUUAGAGAUUUCAUCUAUUCUCUUUCUUCUCCUGCCCCUUACCCUUCUGUUGCUGAUUGGUGGAGCACUGUGAGGCUCUACACUGAUCAAACUGGAUCAAACAUCACCAGAAGCAUUGCUCUCUCUGGAGAGUUCUAUGACUCUGCCUACUCCCAUGGCAACUAUCUCAGCCGUUUAUCAAUGCAAUCCAUCAUAAAAUAUGCUGUCACUUCACCAUAUCCAAGAGCUUUACCUCUCAAUCCUCACAAUGGCCUCUAUUUAGUUAUGUCCUCUCCUGAUGUUAGAGUUCAAGAUUUCUGCAGGGCAGUUUGUGGUUUUCACUACUUCACAUUUCCAACCAUUGUUGGUGUCACUGUUCCUUAUGCUUGGGUUGGUAAUAGUGGCACUCAGUGUCCAGGGGUGUGUGCUUACCCUUUUGCCUGGCCUAAGUAUUCAGGCAAGCCACCGCCAAGCACAAAUGGCGGCAACAACAUUAUGCGUGCACCGAAUGGGGAUGCCGGUGCUGACGGGAUGAUCAGCGUGCUAGCUCAUGAGCUAGCAGAGGUUUCAAGUAACCCACUUGUGAAUGCAUGGUAUGCAGGUGAUGACCCAACUGCACCAACAGAAAUUGCAGAUUUGUGUAUGGGUGUUUAUGGGAGUGGUGGGGGUGGAGGGUAUGUUGGUGUAGUGUCAAAGGACAAAUGGGGAAAUGGGUUUAAUGUGAAUGGGGUGAAAGGAAGGAAGUUCUUGGUGCAGUGGGUAUGGAGCCCUGUGAAAAGAAGAUGCUUUGGUCCCAAUGCCAUGGACUAGGAACACUGUACUUAACUAAUCAAUGCUUAGGCAUAAUUGCUUAUGAUCUCUUUCCACCACCUCCUUGCUCUUUAUGUUUCUAAAGAGAAAAGGCAGAGAGGGUCACAGUUAGAGGAAGGAGAAACAUGUAAUCAAAUGAAUCAAGGUUGGGCCCAUGUAAUGUUAAAGGGAUUGGAAUUGCUUGAUUUGUUGGGAAUUAAUGCGGUUUUCAUGGAGACUAAAGGGCUUU